UUCAGCUGCUUUUCCGUUGAUCCCCACAGCCUUUGCUUUAGAGCCGAGUUAUAGUGACCUGGUAGGCUCCGGUAACUUUUGUGUGGAUUGUGGAAGGCUUAGAUAUUAGUGUUCAAAACUUAUUGGCUAACCUGUUAAUUUUUUCGGUUCGUCAUGUCGGUGGACAAAGAGGAGCUAGUCCAGAGGGCGAAGCUGGCUGAACAAGCCGAGCGAUAUGAUGACAUGGCAUCAACCAUGAAAUCCGUCACCGAGACUGGAGUGGAACUCUCAAACGAAGAACGGAAUCUCCUCUCUGUCGCCUACAAAAAUGUUGUAGGAGCCAGGCGGUCCUCCUGGAGGGUAAUUUCAUCUAUUGAACAGAAAACCGAAGGCUCAGAAAGAAAACAACAGAUGGCCAGGGAAUACAGAGAAAAGGUUGAAAAAGAACUGAGGGACAUCUGCUACGACGUUUUAGGCCUGUUAGACAGGUUCCUGAUCCCCAAAGCCAGCAAUGCCGAAAGUAAAGUUUUUUACUUAAAAAUGAAAGGAGAUUACUAUAGGUACCUUGCUGAAGUAGCAACAGGAGACACCAGAAACACUGUUGUGGACGAUUCACAAAAGGCUUAUCAAGAUGCCUUUGAAAUAAGUAAGUCGAAGAUGCAGCCAACACAUCCCAUUAGGCUGGGUCUCGCUUUGAAUUUCUCCGUUUUCUAUUACGAGAUCCUCAACUCACCUGACAAAGCUUGUCAGCUUGCAAAACAGGCUUUCGAUGAUGCGAUCGCUGAACUUGAUACCCUCAAUGAGGAUUCCUAUAAGGACUCGACACUCAUCAUGCAGCUUUUGCGAGAUAACCUUACCUUGUGGACAUCUGACACCCAGGGUGAUGGCGAUGAGCCCCAGGAAGGAGGCGACAACUAAACCAACUUUCCCUUUUUCCCCUUUCCUCCAAGCCCAUCCACCUCCAGCCACCCCACUUUAUAUACUAUUACCCUCAUUGUAAAAAAAAAAAAUCUUGUAUUCACCACAUCUCACCAAUAUCUGAGUGUGUGUGUUUAUAUAUAUACACAUGUGUAUAUGUAUACACAUACAUAUGAUAUACAUACAAAAAGUAUUUAAAACCAAAAAAAAAAGGAAAAAAAAAAAAAGCAGCGUAUACAAACCUAUGCCAAGCACCAUUUGUUUUCAUUCAUGUAUAUAUUAUAUAUAUUAUCAAAAUUUUCCUGUUAAUAAUGCUUUACACACUUCUCUUGAUUUCUUUAUACUUGUUUUUAUAUAGUAUGGUAAUACAUGCCCACAUAUAUAUAUAUUUAAAAAUUGUUUAAUUUUUGUUUGUAUUUUUUAUAUGUAUACAUACAUAUAUAAUUAAAAGAAAAAGAAAAGCUUAGGAUUAUAGAUUAUAUUGUAAGUUAAUUUUAUUAUGUUCCCUUCUUAUUUUUUAUUUUUAUUUUUGUGGUGCCAAAAUGUGUAAUUAGCUAACAAAAAAUCUAUUCAUGGGCAUAGUUUUUGUACGUUGAUGCUUUUUCUAUGAAUAUAUAAUAUGUUCUGUCUCCUAUUGUUCGGCUUCAGACUGUUGAUGUUUUAUUAAUGGAACUUGGAAAUAUUCACAUAUUCGCGAAUACACAUGAUAAUCACUCUUAUUUCCUUUUGCUUCAUGAUAAUGUACAAGAAAUGUUUUUAUUAAUUAAGAAAAAUGUUGAAGUGGUUGUGUUAAGGAAAUAGAGAGCGCGAAUUUUUUUAUCAGGGUGUUUCUUGUCUGAUAUUUCAGUGGAUGUGUACUGUGUCCAUUUAUCUCAGUUUUUGUUUUCUUUUUCAUAAGGAAAACUUAAUUCAGACUGAGAUUUUAUUUAUAUUUAUCUUAUGCAGUAUACAAUUCGAGGGUGAGAGCAAUUACAGUUUUUCAUAAAAAUAAAAAAAACAAACAAAAAUAACUUGUCAUUUUGAUGAUCCAAUAAAAAUAACUUAGUAAAUAUCAUUUUUAUGGUAUGAAUUUAAAAAAUGUAUUAAUUGUAAAAUAUUUAAUUUGUCAAUUCACUUAAUAGAAAUACUUGGAUCCAUUUUUAUUUGUCAGCUUUCACCAGUGCUGUAAUGUUAUAAAUGUGAUCUGUUCAAAGGAGAUUUCCAUUGGAAAUGUAUUAUUAUUUUUUUAUUUUUCUUUCUUUUUUUUGUUUAAUUUACAGCAUGUAUGUUGCUGUCAAUAUAAAUUGCCGUUGUUCGAAACCUUCAAAGUCUUGAUGUAGCAACAAUUUUUUAUUAAUAAAAUUGGAUUUAAAAAUCUCAAAAGCGUUUGGGUCAAGGUAUGCCUGGGAGCAAAUAAUUACAGGAUAUAUGUAUAUUUGUCGUUGUGCCCUUAAAGCCAAUGCACCAAUCCCAUUUUUCCCCACUCUCUUUGAUUCAAAAUUGUCUGUUUUUAGCUGUAUAAUUGUCAUACAUACUUAUUGUCAUUUAUGACAGAGUCAUAAACAAAAAAGAAAAAAAAAUACUUUGAUGUAUUUAACGUGAUUCUUUAUAUAUAUAUAUAAAUAUCUCUUUCUAUUCUCUAAAACUUUGGAAUUAUAAUUGUUAACUCCCAAUGACUAAACCCUUGUUCAUACAGGAUUUCCUAAAGUUUACUUUUGUUCCUUUCUUGAAUAUAGAGUGCCUAUAGUGCCACUUGACUUCUAAAAAUGAAUGAAAUUAUAAUUGAUUUAGCAAUCUUUAGUGUGCAUGUCACAAUUUUGCUCAAAAUUAGUUUGCUCGUUUGGAGGAAAAUAAAUUGUAAGGAACCAAGUAUACUUUAGGAAAUUCUGCAUAUUGGUCUGUUGUUAAAUGGGAAUAAAUGUUUUGUUCUUCUUUUGUGAUUACAUCAUGUAUGUAAGAUACAAGAGAAAAAAAAACAACAGCCUUAAACUCUGCAAGAUAACAAGGUCAUGGUUUUUUUUUUUUUUUUAAGAAACCUUAAUAAUUGUUGAAGAUCACUUUUAUUUUGGUGACAUCUUGAGUUAUUAGCUGGAUGUAGCUUGUACGAAAUAUUUUUAUUUUUUUUAAAAAAAGAAAAGAAAAACUUAAGUGCUUUGUAAUUUAUCUGUUACAAGAUACUGAAGGUAUACCUUCACUGAUUGGUUUACCUGAACGUUUCAUUUUAUGUCGAUGGUUAAUAAAUUUUCGCAAUAAAAUAGACGCCUAACUUAUAAUACUUGGUGCUACAUAUUUUAUCAAUCACCACUGUUGAAUUUUGAUUAAUUUCGUUUGCUAUCACAUGAAAUGUCAGUUUCUGUACUAUAAACAAACAUGAACAAGUUUGGAAAAAAAAGUUGUUAGAUUAAAAGAAAUGGUAUUUCUGAACAGCUAACUGUUUUUCUGUCAUUUUGAUGAUUAUUUUUUAAAAAAGUCUGAAAAGAGAUCCAAUUAAUUUAUGAAAUUUGUUACUUGAUUUUGUUUUCUAUUCUUAAAAUAAUUACUUUUGUUUGGUGAUCAGCUGUAUAGAACCUCAUAUUCAAAGUUUUAAUCCAAUUUGAAUGUGUAUGUUAUCAUUCCUGAGACUGACAUAUCUGUGAAAAUAACUUAUGUUUAUCAGUUUAAUGCACAAAGCAAUUUAUAUUGUUUGGUGCUUCUGAGUUAUGUGAUGAUAAAUUAAAUUAUUGUAGUUACGAAAGAAAUUGGGUAUUUUCCAAAGUAAGAGUUUAGUUAAUUGUUAUUUUAUACAUCAAUUAAAUUAAAACAUUUUAACUAAGUACAU